AUGGCCACCCGAGCUCCCACGGAAAAGGACAAGAUCGAAGCCAAAGCCAGCGAAGUGGCGACCCAGGUCGACCAAUUGGGGGCGCUGCCGUACCCCAGUGCCGCCUUCGGGUCGUUGCUUGCCCUCAGAGGGUUGAUCGUGCCGGACAACGUCGUCGAGGUCGUCCAGGGGGUUGCCGGCCAGCCGGUGAGGGAGAAAGUGACGGUGGUGAAGCCGACGAGGGCGCUGUGCUUCACGUUCGGGGCGGCCAACUUGAUUGGCACCUACAUCAUGUUUUUGGACCCCAAGAACGGCGCCGGGUUCAACUUUGCCUGGAACGCGUUGUACCUUAUCGUCAACGGCAAGCAGGCGGUGGAGCUGGUGACCCACGGCAAGUUUGUGCCCGCCGGGUUAGGGGCGUUUGCCCUUUUCAACGCCGGCGUCUACGGCAAGCGUUACUUCUCGCUGUUUUAA